AUCGAUAACGACUGUCAUCGUCGUCAUCCCCGCACGGAUUACUGAUCAUCGAUGUGCGUUGGGGUAGAAUUUUCAAACCUCAAAUUUCCAAUUCUCUCUUCCAUUGCUGUCACUUAUACGUACUGAACUGGCAGACACUCAUAAUAGCGUCACAAUGUCAAAAGCAAUCUUCAUGUCCCAAGUGGACGGCAGACCCGGCCAAGUCUACUACCCCCUCUCCGUCCAGACAUUGCCUUUGCCGACACCCCAGGGGCGCGAGCUCCUGGUAAAAAUGACUGCGGCCUCACUCAAUCAUCGUGAUGUUUUCCUGCGGCAACAUCUAUACCCGGGUGCCACUUUCGAUGUUCCCCUCGGCGCAGACGGGGUGGGAGUGGUUGUCGGCGCUGGCCCCGAUGUAACAAAUCCCGAACGGUGGCAGGGCAGGCGAGUGAUUCUGAACCCUGGGACGGGCUGGAACGAUUCUCCGGACGGACCGGAAGAUCCCAAAGGCUAUCGCAUCAUGGGCGGAACAAAGGUCUACAACAAGGGUACACUGCAGGAAUACCUCACCAUUGAAGAGUCCGAGGUGGAAGAAGCUCCCGAGCAUCUGUCGGAUGCGGAAGCCGCUGCGUUGCCAUUGACUGGAUUGACGGGGUGGAGAGCAUUGGUGGUCAAGGCGGGCGAAAGGAAUUCUGGCAAAGGCGCGGCUGUCUUGAUCACGGGGAUUGGCGGUGGCGUUGCGCUGAUGGCUCUCCGUUUCGCGGUGGCAAGGGGUGCGGAUGUCUAUGUGACCAGUUCGAGCGAGGAGAAGAUUCAAAAAGCCGUGGCACUAGGCGCCAGAGGUGGUGUGAGCUACAAGGAGGAUGGAUGGGAGAAGAACCUUUUUGGUAUGCUUCCCAGCGGCAAGCGGAACUUUGACGCCAUCAUCGAUGGUGCAGGUGGUGACUCUGUCGAGAAGGCAACCAAGUUGCUCAAGGCUGGUGGUGUCCUCUCCGUUUAUGGAAUGACCGUGUCCCCCAAGAUGCCUUUCCUGAUGCAGGCUGUUUUGAAGAACAUUGACGUGCGAGGCUCUACCAUGGGCUCCCGCAAGGAGUUCAAAGAGAUGAUUGAUUUCGUCAAGGCGAACAAGAUCCAUCCAGUGAUUUCUCGCGUCGUGCAGACCGAUCUGGGCGAUGUCGAGGGACUUGACAGUUUAUUCCAGGACAUGAAAGAAGGAAAGCAAUUCGGGAAGCUGGUAAUCGAGUUCGGAAAGUCUUCAGGAAGCAAGCUAUAAUCUGGCUUCAGAAGACUUUGACGCACGUCUCUAACUGAAUAGACGGGAUAAAGUACAUAGCUCACGAAUGAUGAUAUUAAACUGUGCCUUCCAUGUAGUGGGUGGCUCUUGCCUUGGUACCUCCAACA